CCUUCGAAAACAAGCCACGCCUUCUUCCACCCAGUUGUCAAAACAUAAACAGUCAGCUGCAGGAGUGGGAGUCAACCCUAAAGAAGUUUGGGAGUCAAACAAGAACAAUAGGUUCUUCUUCGAGCGUUUGGAGAGCAUCUUGGAGAACAGCCAUGGAAGCUCAGCUAAAGAAGGAGCUGGGAACCUCCAUGCUGAAGUCAACUGGCCAUUCUGGAGGAGGUUGUAUCAGCCAGGGACAGAGCUUUGAUACUGACCACGGGAGAGUGUUUGUCAAGAUCAACCACAAGAGUCAGGCAAAGCGUAUGUUUGAUGGGGAGUUGGCUAGCUUGGAAGCGAUCGUCAUGACAGACACAGUGAAGGUCCCCAAGCCUGUCAAGGUGAUAGAGCUGGAUACAGGAGGGGUUGUGUUAGUCAUGGAACAUGUUGACAUGAGGGGUCUCAGCAGGCACUCUAAGCAACUGGGAGAGCGUCUGGCUGAUCUGCACCUACACAACCAGAGACAAAGGGACAGAGAGAACAAGGAACAGCAGAUAGUUGGAAAAGGACCUGAUGUUCCUGUCAUUGACCAGUUUGGGUUCCAGGUUCCCACAUGCUGUGGAUACCUCCCUCAGGAGAAUGAGUGGCAGAGUGACUGGGUGACAUUCUACUCUCAGCACAGACUACAGCACCAACUCAACAUGGUGGAGAAGUCUUAUGGAGACCGAGAGGCCAGGGAACUAUGGUCCCAGCUACAGCUGAAAAUCCCUCAGCUGUUUACCGACAUCGAGGUGUUCCCCGCCCUGCUUCACGGGGACCUGUGGGGGGGAAACGUAGCAGAGUGUUCCGACGGCCCUGUCAUUUUCGACCCCGCCUCCUUCUAUGGCCACGCUGAGUAUGAGCUGGGCAUCGCCGGGAUGUUCGGAGGGUUCAGCGACUCCUUCUACUCUGGGUAUCACAACAAGAUCCCCAAGGCCCCAGGGUUUGAGAAGAGGAAUCAGUUGUAUCAACUCUUCCACUAUCUGAACCACUGGAAUCACUUUGGUGGAGGAUACAGAGGGUCCUCACUGAGGAUCAUGAAGGAUCUGGUCAAAUACUGACCACUGAUCAUAUAUGUACAGUGGCAUAAUGUACAACUACACUACCCAUAAUGCUCUGUAAAACAUAGACACAGAAUGACACUGACCAGCUUGAAUGACCUCACAAAGUCUUACACUGCAGUCUAGUCUUCCAUCCAGAAGGGAACAAAUCAAUUUUGGGGUGAAAAUAUUAGUUAUUUUGAAAAAUCUUUUAACUCGAAAAGCAAGAAACAAGAAAACUAUGAUGCUCUGGUAUAGAAGAGAGAUUCCACGAAACCCAUUCCAUAUCCCUCUUUAUCUUGAAAUGCUUGAGAAAUAUUUUUUUUUUAGUUAACAUUCCCCAGCUGUUUGAAAGCAGAAGUGAUUUUAAUGCUAUAGUGUAAGACUAAACAUAGGGUAUUGCACAGCCGUUUGCUUAAAUAAACAACACAACAAGCAAGGUUAUGAUCUGUUUGUGUUGUAACAAUUAGCUUUGUUAAAAGCUGUGUUAAUACUAAGAAUACAAUGCUAAAUAAAGUACACGACUUCCUGUAUCGUGACCAACACUA